GGCUGUUCAGCCGUCACUCAUGAGACGCCUUAACCAAUCAUAGCUCCGCUAAUGUGCGGUGGGCGGUACCAACAUGGCGGCUCUCUGAGUUUGCGAAGAGAAAUUGAGGUGUAAAUAAACUCUUCGUGCACAUUUUGCACAACUUAUCAGCUUAUUUCGCCAAUUUAAUUUAUGAGCGAGUACUCUGAAGCCAAACGAUGUCAGGUGACGGCAGCAAAAAACAGUUCUGGAAGAGAAACACAGCCAAGGUUCCUGGGAAUAUCCAGCAUGUUUAUGGAGCCCAACACCCCCCAUUUGACCCUUUGCUACAUGCCAAUCUGAUGAAAGCAGGAAACAAGCCUCCAUCUGCAACUACGCCAGGAAAACCAAAGAAAGCCACCACCUUCCAAGAGUUUGAGAGCAUCACCAGUGAUGCUUGGGAUGUGGGAGAUGAUGAUGAUGAACUCCUCGCUAUGGCAGCCCAAAAUCUCAACAUUGAGGUUGUCAUGGAGACAGCCAAUAAGGUGAUAGAAAACCACAGCAAGCUGCAGGAGAGAAGACAGCAACAGAUUGACGAGAUGACUGAGCCUGAUGAAAAAGAUGGACAGGAAGCACACGAGGAAGAGCCAGAUGAAGAGGAUGAGAGAGAAGAAGGUGCAGAGACGACAACAGAUCUGUCGUUCAGUUCAGAGGCUCUUCCACUCAGUGGCAAUAGACUGGUGAAGUCACACAGUGAAGCUCCUGUCGGCUCGCCUAAAGAAGUGGGCAUUGAACAGGCAGUACUACACAGACAGCAGUCACUCCCACACAGGCCUGUGAUUCCACUGGUGGCCCGCAUGGCAGAUCAGAACACAUCCGGAACUCCUGCCAUGUCCGAGAGAGAGGCGUCAAGACUUGAUAAGUUCAGGCAGGUUCUGGCCGGACCUAAUACUGAUCUGGAGGAGCUUCGGAAGUUGAGCUGGUCUGGAAUUCCGCGGCAGGUGCGCCCGAUCACAUGGAAGCUACUCUCAGGGUACCUGCCAGCCAAUGCAGAGCGGAGAGAAAGCACAUUGCAGAGGAAGCGGCAGGAAUAUUUUGGCUUUAUUGAGCAGUACUAUGACUCCCGUAAUGAUGAACACCAUCAGGACACAUACAGACAGAUUCACAUUGACAUACCGAGAACUAAUCCUCUUAUACCUCUCUUUCAACAAGCUUCUGUGCAAGAGAUCUUUGAGCGGAUUCUGUUCAUCUGGGCGAUACGACAUCCAGCCAGUGGUUACGUUCAAGGCAUCAAUGACCUUGUCACACCCUUCUUCGUUGUUUAUGUUUUUGAAUAUAUCGAGGAAGAAGUGGAAAAUUUCAAUGUUUCCAGCUUGCAGGAAGAGGUGUUGCGGAACAUCGAGGCUGACAGCUUCUGGUGCAUGAGCAAGCUCCUGGACGGGAUUCAGGACAACUACACCUUCGCCCAACCUGGGAUCCAGAGGAAAGUGAAGGCACUGGAGGAGCUGGUCAGCCGGAUUGAUGAGACGGUACAUUGCCACAUCCAGCAGUAUGAGGUGGAGUAUUUGCAGUUCGCCUUCCGCUGGAUGAACAACCUGCUUAUGAGAGAACUUCCUCUGCGCUGCACCAUUCGACUGUGGGACACUUAUCAGGUUUAGGUGGCUCGUUUUUAACGAGGAUGAAUCUUAAGCACAGCCAGGAACCUCAGAGGUGUUACUGACAUCUAACCCAACACUUACGGAAGACUUCCAGGCUGUUCUUGAUGGUGUUCGGUCCAACGAGCUGCCAUUUCUGAGUCAAUGCAAUGGGUCUGACGUUUCUGUGCACUUAGCUCAAAAUAGUGGGAAAAUUAUGCUUAAUUCUUACUUUGAAGGAAUUUAGAAUUUCUGUCAAGGUAAUUGUGAAAAGCCAUUAUAUGCUUCCUGUCAUCAGCAGUAUUAAAUGUCAGCUUCCUUCCAUCUCUAUAGGAAGAGGAAAUGGAGAAAAUGCUUUCAACAGCUGACUGUCCAUUUAUUCUACAUGACUGAUUUGGAUUUUACACAGAUUGUAACCAUUUCCGAUAGACAGUUGGCAUGCUUUGUUUGCCUAUUUGUUACUCACUGGGGACAUGUCAUUGGAUUCUUUCUGACAACACCAGCCUCGUCAUUGAUGCGUGUUGAUGUGUAUGUUAGCUCGGAGGGCACCACAAAAACACUCACUUGUUAGGCCAGUCACAAGACUAGGA